AUGUUGGCUUUGUAUUCGACAACAGUAGGGCAACAACGCUGUGUUACAGGAUCACGGACGCAAAACCUUUCUAUCGUUGAGACACAAUUGGCUGCAGUCGCUCCAAAGGAAUAUGUUGGUUACUUUGUGGCCACUUACUGCAAAACAACGCAAACUGAUGAUGAUCGCAUAUCAGCUGGUGAAUUCAGUCUUGGCUCGCAAGAAUUUGAUUAUGAUGAAGAAAUGAAUAUAAUGGAUAAACAUCUCGAUAUUAAUUUUGAUGAAUCACCAACUAGAGAAAUCGCUAAUAUUCUGCCUAGUUUUCAAUUUAAAAUACGUCAACAAUUAGAUGCAAAUGAAGAAAUUCAAGAAGACGAACAAAAAGUUCCCGACCUUAGUGAAGAAGAAAAACUUCAAAUUUUGAGUAGUCAAAAGUUUCAACAGUUUUUCGAUUAUUCAUCUCGGGUAAUGGAACGACAACUAGCAGAAGAGACAGACAUGUUCAUCGAUUACUCUCAUGGUGGUGCUACUGAUGAAAAAGAAGAUAGUGGUGAAAAAUUAAUCUUAUCUCGAGUAUUUGUUGAUCCGAAGUGGAGUGCAGGAAGGGCGAUAACAGGCAUCGACAAUUGUGAGCAGUAUCCUGAAUUGAUUGCCGUUUCAUACGAUCAAAAUCCCGAAUCGCCUCUUGAUCCAGCUGGCGUAGUUCAAGUUUGGAAUAAUCGCUUUAAGAAAACAACUGCCGAGUACACUUUUUAUUGUCAGUCUUGUGUUACAAGUGUUGCUUUCGCUCGGUUUCAUCCAAAUUUGAUACUUGGUGGGUGUUAUUCUGGUCAAAUUUGUAUGUGGGAUAAUCGACUCAACAAGAAGACUUCAGUGAGCAAGAGUCCUCUGUCAUCACAGGCGCAUACCCAUCCUGUAUCCAGUAUGGCAAUAGUUGGCAGCCAAAAUGCACACAAUUUAAUCAGCGUAUCAACAGAUGGUAGAUUGUGUUCAUGGAGUGUAGAUAAUCUCAAUCAGCCCAUAGAUGUUAUUGAUUUAUCAUGGAACAAGAAACAGGUUACGUGUACAAGUAUGUCAUUUGUACUGGAUGGCGUUAAUAAUUUUGUCGUUGGCAGUGAAGAAGGAAACGUAUAUAUGGCUAGUCGACAUCGAAAUAAAGGCGAUGUUAAUGGUAGCUUUGAAGGUCAUACUGGUCCCGUAACUUGUGUGGAUACGCAUAAAGCGUCGAAUGGUGUUGACUUAUCGCACUUAUUCCUGUCAUGUUCUUGCGAUUGGACUGUAAAAUUAUGGAGCUCAAAGGAACCAAAAUAUUUAUGCUCUUUCGAAAAACAUGGUGAUUAUGUUAUGGAUGUCGCUUGGUCGCCUGUAAAUCCAUCUGUUUUUACUUCUGCAGAUGCCAGUGGAAAUCUGUUUCUGUGGAACCUUAAUGAGGAUAUCGAGGCUCCUAUCACUAAGUUGCAAGUCGAAGGUGGUGUCGGAGUGCGGAAAAUGAUGUGGAUGCAGAAUGGGCAUCAACUGGCAGUUGGCGAUGAACGAGGUAACUUGUGGCUAUACGAUGUUCAUGAAAGUAUUGCUAACUGCAGGCCAAGUGAAUGGACAAGUUUAGCAAGAACAUUACGUGAUAUGAAGCAAGCGAAUGAGGAAGCUGAAGAAUUGUUCGAGGUUAUGAAUAAAAUUGGCUCAAGUGCAGUCCCUACUAUUACUUCCGUAGCAACGGGAGUAUCUGUGAGAUAA